AUGCCUCGGCAAGGAGCGUUCUCCGUGGUGGCGCGCGUGUCGGACGCGCAUGCGGAGCAGAACGGCGAGCAGCGGCAGGAAUCGAACCAGCGGACUCCACUGGUGGUGCGGAUGACGGCGGGGCUCAAGCACACGUACUCCGCCUGCAACGACGCCUCGCGCGCCCACAUCGCCGCCCACCAUCCCUCCUCAAACCCCGCGCCCGCCGUUCCCGACCAACCCGCGGCUGGCGAGUAUGGCUCGCCGGAGGCCGGUGCGGGUGACGGCGAGCGGGCGGCGCGCGUGGUGCUGACGAAGCCGUCGGAGGCGGCGGGGAACGAGGGGUGGGACAACGCCAACUCCGACCUCAUUCUCUCCACGGGCCUCGUGCUGCACGGCGACCCCGGCACCCCCAGCUACGUGGUGCGGGACGUGUUGGGGCAGGGCACGUUCGGGCAGGUGGUGAAGUGCGAGUGCAGGGAGACGGGCGAGGUGGUGGCGGUGAAGGUCAUCAAGAACCAGCCCGCGUACUACCACCAGGCGCUCGUUGAAAUCAGCAUCCUCAGGCUGGUGAGUGUCAUUGUUGCAAGGUUCUUGAUCACCUUGCGGAAGGUCAUCAAGAACCAGCCCGCGUACUACCACCAGGCGCUCGUCGAAAUCAGCAUCCUCAGGCUGGUGAGUGUCAUUGUUGCAAGGUUCUUGAUCACCUUGCGGAAGGUCAUCAAGAACCAGCCCGCGUACUUCCACCAGGCGCUCGUCGAGAUCAGCAUCCUCAGGCUGGUGAGUGUCAUUGUUGCAAGGUUCUUGAUCACCUUGCGGAAGGUCAUCAAGAACCAGCCCGCGUACUACCACCAGGCGCUCGUUGAAAUCAGCAUCCUCAGGCUGGUGAGUGUCAUUGUUGCAAGGUUCUUGAUCACCUUGCGGAAGGUCAUCAAGAACCAGCCCGCGUACUACCACCAGGCGCUCGUUGAAAUCAGCAUCCUCAGGCUGGUGAGUGUCAUUGUUGCAAGGUUCUUGAUCACCUUGCGGAAGGUCAUCAAGAACCAGCCCGCGUACUACCACCAGGCGCUCGUCGAAAUCAGCAUCCUCAGGCUGGUGAGUGUCAUUGUUGCAAGGUUCUUGAUCACCUUGCGGAAGGUCAUCAAGAACCAGCCCGCGUACUACCACCAGGCGCUCGUCGAGAUCAGCAUCCUCAGGCUGGGGGACUGGGCUGCUGAUCUCAUCGAGCACGUGCCACGGUGCACCGCACGCACUAGUGCUGCAUGGCCGUUUGUGCUGCCACUCACACGCUAUUGCGCCACAACUUCUCCAACUCCCUUUCCCUGCUUCUCAUCCUGCCGCCCUCCCUCCCACCUUCCCCCCCCACCACGCCCCCUCUCCUCCCUUGCGUGCGAGCAGUUGAACGGGUCGUAUGACCCGCAGGACGAGCACCACAUAGUGCGACUGGUGGACCACUUGCUUCGAGCUCAUCCGCCAGAACCAGUUCCGCGGCCUCUCUCUCAAGCUCGUGCGCCUCUUCACCAAACAGGUGCGCUGCUACCCUCCCUGCGCCCCCUGGUCGCCGCAUUGCCUGGCUGUGCAGGUGUGUGUGGCGACGCGGGGGUUGUCUCACUGCUCUACAACCCGUCACUCGCACAUUUGCUGUUGACGUGCCUCCUGCUUCUUCUGAGUACCUCCUCGCAUGCCGCCUGUUCCUCCCCUUCUCCUCUCCGCGUCUUCCCCUCUCCGCGUCUUCCCCUCUCAUCCUCGUGUGCUGCCACCCCUUUCUCCCCCCCACUGCCUCCUGCCACGCCAUCCCCCGCGGGGGUGCAGCUGCUGGUGGCGCUGACGGUGUUGGAGGAUGCGCGAGUCAUACACUGCGACCUCAAGCCUGAAAACAUCCUCCUCAAAAGCUUGGGCGGCGAGAUCAAGCUCAUCGACUUUGGCUCUGCAUGCACGGAGAAUCGAACCGUGUACUCCUACAUCCAGAGUCGCUUCUACCGGUCGCCAGAGGUGGUGUUGGGGCAUGCGUACGGCACGGCCAUUGAUCUGUGGUCGCUGGGCUGUGUGGCGGCGGAGCUCUUUCUCGGCCUGCCGCUCUUCCCUGGCGCCUCCGAAUUUGACAUGCUGCACCGCAUGGUCGAAACCAUGGGCUGCCAGCCGCCGGACGCCAUGCUGAGGCGCGCCAAGCACACGGCCAAGUACUUUGUGCGCACAGCAGAUGGGGGGGGCGGGGGGGAAGAUGGGCGCAGUUCAGCGUACCGCCUCAAGACGGUGGAGGAGGUGGUGGCAGGGGGGGAGGCGCGCCCGGCGCUGGGGAAGCGCUACUUCCGCCAGACGGCACUGAGCGACCUCGUGCUGGGCUAUGCGCUGCGGCGUGGUGAAGGGGCGGAGGAGGCGCGGCAGGAGCGGGCGAGCCGAGUGGCGUUUGUGGACUUCCUCUCGGGCCUGCUCCACAUGGACCCCGCUCAGCGCUGGACCGCCCGCCAGGCGGCGCAGCACCCAUUCAUCACGGACGAGCCAUGGAUGGGGCCCUUCCAGCCACAGCGCCAGCAGCAGCAACAGGCGGAGGCCACAGAGGGCGCUCAUCUACAGCCGCUGCAUCGGGAGGGAGCCUCCCGCCUCGCCCAGCAGCAGCAGCAGCAGCAGCAGCAUGCGCGUGUGCUGCAGCACAGGCAGUCGCUUGGAGCCCAGGAAGCGGGGCGGGGAGGGGCGUUGGAGGGGGGCAUAAUGGCAGGCAGCCUGGGCGGAGCAGCGGGCCUGGGAGCAGCACUGCCGCCCCCCAUGGCUCUGUCUGGACCCGCUCCUGCUGCCAUGCCCGCCGCCCUUGCUCCUGCUGCUCUGGGCAUGGGUGCAGGCAUGGGAGCAGCAGGCAUGGGAGCAGGCAUGGGGGCAGGCAUGGGAGCAGGCAUGGGCGAAGGCGGGUAUGGGAGCAUGGGGGGGUAUGGCGUGCCCGUCGGUCUGCCGCACAACUACGGCCCCCUGGGCGCGAGUGUGGGCUCCUACGGCAGCCUUGGCAGCCUUGGCAACAGCUUUGGCGCCAUGGGGGGUUUGGGAGGCAUGGGGAGCGUGGGGGGGAUGGGAGGCAUGGGGGGCAUGGGAGCGAUGGGAUCGAUGGGAGGGAUGGGGGGCGUGGGGAGUCUGGGAGGGGUGGGCAGUCUGACAGACCCCACAGGCUCCUACAUGGCGUAUGCUGCGCACCUGGCUGCGGCAGGGCAGGGGGCGGACUUGGGGUCAGGGUCGUUUGGAGCAGCGGCAGGAGCAGCGGCGGCGGGAGGUGCUGGAGGGCUGGGGUUAGGAUUAGGGUUAGGGUUUGGGCAGAGCCCGGACACGCGGCAGCUGCUGCCUGCGCUGGCCAGCAUGAAUCAAGCGGCGCAGCAGUGGCAGAUGGGCCAGCUGGGGCAGGCCGGGCUGGCGAAUCAGGCGGCUCACGGCGCCGUAAAUGCUGGCGGCAGGCAGCAGGAGAGGCGGGGCAGCGGUGGGGGGGUGUGGCAGGGCAUGGGGCAGGACGGUGCGUAUGUGCCCUUGGGGCAAAGCCCUGGCGGACCUUUCCUGGACGGGGCAGGGCGAGGGGGAGGGGGGUACUGGGGAGGGCGGGACGGCGAAGUGGCAGUGAGCAGCAACUCGCUGCUGGGAGCCAGUCCGUUGCAGUUCACCCCGCCCUCCCACUCCCGCCACUUCCCAUCCUCCCACUCGCACCAACACCAACUCCAACAGCAGCAGCAGCAGCAGGGCGGGCGGCAGGGGCACCUGCAGGUGCGUGUGAGUGAGCCCACAACGCCCUCCUCGCCCACCACCGCCUCGCCUCACUUCUCCCCGUCCUCGCUCCACCCCGACUUCUCCUCCCCGCUGGCGCGAGGGUCGGUGGGGCAGGCGUCCUCUCUGGGCCCCAGCGCCAGCACCCACCCCAUCAACCACAAUCCGGGCGCAGGCCUGCCCUCCCCCGCUGCUAGAGGGCUGGCGGGCGCAGGGGCUGGGGGAAUGGGGCUGAGUGUUGGCAGAGGCGGAGCGGAAGGGGGGAUUGCACUGGAGAAGGCGGCUGUGAUGGGACACCUGGGGCUGGGGCUGGGGCUGGGCUCGCACUACAGCAGCAAUGACAGGAGCCAGGAGAGUGGGCACACAGCAGUAGGCGUGACGAGUGACGCGCACGAGGGGAAAAGGGGCGAAGGGGAGGGAGGGGGAGGAGGAGCGGGGUGGGAGAGGGGAAAGAGCAGUUCAGCAGGCGAGGGGGAUGGGCCUGCGGAGUGGGACCCAUACUUCUGUGAUGACCUGCUGCUGCACCCCCCACAACCCCACCAGCCCCCCUCCACUGCUGCUGCUGGUGGGAGUAGGGCCACGGCGGAUGGGGGAAUAGGUGGGGAGGGAUGGUGGGGACAGCAGGAGGGUGGGGGGGCGGAUGAGGGGCAGGGGGCAGGAGGCGUGGGUGGGGUUGCGUGGCAGGUGAGAGGCAGUGGGCAUGGUAGCGGACCCAGCUCUAUGGAGGGAAACACUCACGUGGGCUCACAUGGGCAUGUGGGGUCGCAUGGGCAUGUGGGGUCACACGGGCAUGUGGGGUCACACGGGCAUGUGGGGUCACACGGGCAUGGGGGGCACACCAUUGCCCCCCCUGCUGCCUGGAGCCCUCUCAACACUGCCUACAUGCACCCUGCACCCACAACAGCGGCUGCUGUUCCUGCUGCUGCGGCACCGGGUGUGUUGUCAGCUGCUGCUGCGCCUGGGGGCAAUGGAGGGGCGGCAGCGGGGCGGGGCAGUGGGGGGUCACUGGGAGCCAUGGACUGCUCGCCUCUUGCUGCUGCUGGCGCCUUCAUGUGGUCUCGCCCCUCUGCCACGGCCAGUGGCUCGUCCGCCCCACACCACUACCGCGCUGUCACUGACCACCCACACGCCCCGCCCGCCCUGCCACACCACACUGCUGCCGCUGCUGCUGCUGCUGCUGGCGGUGCAGGCGCUACACUCAGUGAGAGAUGGCGGGGAGGGGAGGAUCAGGGGAAUAGCAGCGCAGAGGGAUUGGCGGGAAUAGACGGAGAGGUGGAGAGCGGUGCGGAGCCCAUGGGCAUAUCUCCGGUGCAGGCAGGGCAGCUGGGCCACUGGUCCGCCGCUGCUGCCGCCGCUGCUGCUGCUGCUGUGGCGGGGCAGCAGGGGGGAGGCGGGUGGGGUGGUGGCAGGGCAGGGGGGGCUGCAGCAGGGGUGGGGGCAGGAGGGGGAGCACCAGAGACGGGGGUGGGGGGAGGGGUGUGGAGAGGGGUGACCAGUGGGAUGGGAGUGGUGGGGGCAGUGGGGGUGAGUGUGGGGAUGGGGAGGGGGUAUGGGGGAGGGAGGGGGAAUGCGAGAGAGGGGGGGCGUCAGGGCAGAGGCAUGGGAGGAGGCAUGGGGUUGGCAGAGGUGGCAUGGCUUGGGUGCGAUCCCUCCGCACAGGUGCGCUUUCCACCGCCCAUGUACGCUUCCCGCACCCGAGACCUCACAGCCGCUACGAAGCCACAUGCUCGUCGCGCACCCGCUCGACUCAACCCCUUCCCUCCCCCCCUGCUAACCCCUCUCCCCCUUCUUCCUCCCUCUCCCAAACCCUCCCUCUCCCCCCUCCCCCCCCGGCAGGUGGCGGUGCUGCAAGGCCACACGGCGCUCGUCACGUGCGUCUCCACCUCCGCCGUCGCCCGCUCGCCGCCCGCCGCAACCGCCGCUGUCGCUCGCGGCGCUGAUGACGACGAUGACCACAUGGAGAUCCCCCCCGCCGCUGACGUGUCAGUUCCAGACUCCGCCACGUCAUCGAUGGUGUACGCGUGGAGCGGGUCGCUGGACGGCACGAUGCGGCUCUGGAACUUUCCCCCCUCCCUCCCCCCCAUUCUCACCCAUCCUCCUCCCCACUACCUUUCCCGCUUCCCCGCGUCCUCCUCUCUGCCUUCAUCCGCUUUCCCCUACUCCUCCCUCUUCCCCUCUCUCCCUCCCCUCCCCCGUGCGCAGGUGAUGUAUCCGUAUGCGAGCACGGAGGUGGUGGAGGGGGCGGGAGGGCGGGAGGAGGAGAGGGCGGUGGCGCCAGUGGCGUUCGUGCUGGUGGGCAACGAGCAGCGCGGCUGCGACCUGCUGCACUACGACGUCUUCCACGACCGCUGCCUCAAGACGCUCUUCCACCAGGUCGCUCCUCCACCAGGUCGCUCUUCCACCAGGUCGCUCCUCCACCAGGUCGCUCCUCCACCAGGUCGCUCCUCCACCAGGUCGCUCCUCCACCAGGUCGCUCUUCCACCAGGUCGCUCCUCCACCAGGUCACAACCUGCUCCUCGCCUUUGCCCGCCCUUCUCUGUCACGCUUUGCAUGCCAUGCUGCCAUCCGCCCCACUCACGCCACUUCGCCCCUCUCCCCAUCAACUUAACCCGCCCUGCCUGCCCCCGCUCCUCUCCCACUCUCUUCCCUUUUCCUUCCCCCCACCUCUUCCCCCUUCCUCUCCCCUUCCCCUCAGCUGCUCGUGUCAUCACCGCUGGCCAUCAGUCCAGCGACGGGGCGGCUGCUGGCGGUGGCGUCGGGGAGGAAGGUGUGGCAGCAGGGGACGUGUUGGGGCGCGUGGUGGUGUGGCACGGCAUCGGCCGCCGCUCCGGGUGGGCGUGGGGGGAAGGGCAAGCCAGGGGCGCGCCAGGUGGCGGGCGCGCAGGGCGAGAGGGCGGGUGGCGAGGGGGGAGAGGAAGGGGAGGGGGGAGAGGUGGGCGAGGAGGGAGCGGGGGCAGGUGGGGGGCAGGAGCAGGAGAGGGGGAGGAGGAGGAGCAGGGCGAGGGGGAGGGCGAGGGGCGGAGGGGAGCGGAGGGGGAGGAGGACUGUGAGGCGGUGUCAUCGCUGCACUGGCACGCCCAAGCAGUGACAGACCUCGCCUUCUCCCCGGACGGGCUGCACCUGGUGUCCAUAGGCGCCGAGGCAGUGGCGCUCAUCUGGCAGCUGCAGUCCGGCGCGCGCCGCUUCCUCCCCCGCAUGCCCGCCGCCCUGCUCCGCCUCGUGCUCCCGCCCUCGCUGCUCCCCCCGCUGCCUCCCCCUAGCCCCUCCGCACCCAGUGCAGCAGCAGCAGGAGCAGCAGGAGGAGCAGCAGGCGGGGCGGGCGGAGCGCGGUCGCUGGUGGCACCGGCGGCAGCGCCAGAGGCGUUGCGGUUUGGCAUGCAGUGUGCGGACAACAGUGUACGUGUGGUGGACCUCAGUGAGUCGUCCCUCAUCGCCUCCAUCCGUGGCAUUGCCCCCCCGCCCCCCACGCGCCCCCUCCCCGCGCGCCACUUCAUCCUCCCCCCGCUCGACCCCUUCAAAUCCCCUUUCGCCCCCCUCCCCUCCUCCGCCUCCGCCACCUCCUCCUCCCUCUCCAACUGCCUCCCGGCUGACGUGGCGCGCCAGCUGGCGGUUGAGCUGGCAGUGACGGGUGGCGGUGCCCCGUCAGCAGUGGUGCAGAGCGUGAGGGGCGGCAGCGCACGGCUGGUGGUGGUGGGGCCGCUGGGGCUGCUGCAGGUGUAUGAGGUGGGUCGGCAGCAGGUGGUGGCGCAGGUGCAGCUGAUGCGCAUCAACGUGGUCUCCUCCGUUGAGGCCCGCUUCAAGCGCGCCUUGAAGGUGCAGGAGAUGCAGCAGCGCGACCAGGCUCUUCGCCUGCUGCAGGGGGGUGCGGGCAAACCACAGCAGCCGCAGCCGCAGCCGCAGCAGCAGGGGCCGAAGCCGCCGCCAAUCUGGGUGAGCCACGUGUGCUUCUCCCCCGACGGCCACACGCUCGUGACCGUUGAGAUCCGCCAGCCGGAAGACCUGGCCGGCCAGCAGUCCACCCUCAAGUUCUGGGCGGCGCCGUUCGGCGGCACUCAGGGCGUGAGGCAGGGCAGUGGCAAGGGAGGCAAGGGCAGCAAGGAGGGGCUGACGGCGCUGACAACGGCGGUGGAUGCGCCUCACGGGGCGGCGGGGCUGGUGACAGGCGUGCACGUGCGGGCGGGCGGUGACAUGGUCGUCACGUGCGGCACGGACGGUGAAUUCCGCACUUGGACCCGCGUGUGGGGCGAGGAGGGGGAGGACGAAGGGGGGGAGGAGGGAGAGAGGGGCAGCGGCAAGCAGGGCCGUGGGGGGGUGAGAGGAGGCGGGGGGCGAGGGAGGGGAGGCGUGCAGGGGUCAGGGCAAGCGAGGACGGCGCGGGAGCGCAUGGAGGAGCGGGAGGCGGGCAUCGCCCCUCUCACCUUCUGCUGGCGCUGCCGUGGUGUGGGCAGCUACGCCUCCCAGCCGCUGCUGACCGCGUGCUUCUCCUGGGAGGGCUCCCUGCUGGCAGUGGCCGCCCUGCACCGCGUCACCCUCUGGGACCCCGACCGCCACGCACUGCUGGCCGUGCUGCACUGCGCGCCCUCCCUCAGCCCCCUGCAGGCGGACCUGCCGUGGCACCAGCCCGUCACGGCCCUCGCCUUCCUGCCAGAAUCCCCCUUCCUCCUCACUGUCUCCGGCGCCCUCGCCCCCUCGGGCACCUUCUUCGCGCCGCCAGGCUCAACUGCUGCCCCCUACGCGGCUCUGUCCGUGUGGAGCCUGCUGUCUCUCUCCCUCGCCUGGUGCCUCCACCUGCGCGUGCUCUCCCUCGCCACGCACCCCUCUGCACCGCUCUUCGCCGUCAUCGUUGCUGCUCCCACCGCUGGUGGCGGUGGUGUGAGGGGAGGCGACACAGGGCAGGGCGGUGGCGUGGGGAAGAACGAGGAAGGGGGGGAGAGUGAGGAGGAAGAGCACGGGGAGGAGGUGGGGCCGAAAGAGGGUAGUGUGGGGAGGAGUGGGUGGGUGAGGAGGAGUGCAGGCGAAGGCGGGGCGGUGAAAGGGGCAGUGCUGGUGUUUGAGGGGGGGGAGAGCCCUGUGCCCGUCGCAGCGUGGGAGAUGGCUGAUGUCACUGCCGCCACCGUCGCCUUCCUGCCGCCCGCUGCCUCCUCCCCACCUGCCGGCAGCAGCAGUAGCAAGGAGGGGACAGCGAAGUGGUCCAUAGUGGUGGUGAGCGGUGGCAGGGAGUAUGCGGUGCUGAAUGGGGAGGAGAGCCGGUCUGCGCCAGAUGAAGCGGAUCGGGACGUGGAGCUGUCGAAUGGUGCCGCUGGCAUGGCGGACGGUCAAGCUCUCUCGGCGUUUGAAAGCAUCUAUGGAGCAGCAACCACAGCAGCGGCCGUGGCAGCAGCGGCCGGGGGUUUGUCGGAGCAGGGCGGAGCGGCGGGUGAAGGGUUGGGGCAAGGGGAGAUGGAGGCGGUGGAGGGGCGGCCGUGGGGCAGCCUGCUGUCGGCGCCGUCCCACGUGCUGCCAUCGCUGUCGAGGCUGUCCAACGUGGCGGGCAUGCUGCAGCACUGCCGCGCGGAGCAUGGCGGGUUCGACUUCAAGCGAUUGCGAGCAGCGCAGCAGUGGGACGAGUAUCAGUGCAUCCGCGCUGUCAACUUCAUCCGUACCCAC